CCAUACUAUCGCUGGAAUUGUAAACAAGGCAAGUAUAUAAUUGGGUCCCUCUUUCUGGCGAGUCUGAAGGGCAGUAUUGAGUCACUAAUAGGAAAACGCAAAUUAUGACGUCAUAGAGACGUACUAACCUGAAAAUUUAACGUUAGAAUUGUCACAACUAAUGCUGUGUUCUGUCGACUGAAAUGUAUUGAAAUGCUGCACGCAAGGCGAAUAGAAAAACGAAUGGCAAGAUGAUUGGCCUCCAUCUGAUAUUAACGGUCUUUGGUUGGUUAGUACUUAUUCUCCAGAUAUCUUCAGUAUGGGGUCAGGCUUCAAAAUGUGUUCCGAUUUACACAGAUAAGCCCAACGCAAUUUGCUGGGGUGACUUUCCAGCUGACACAGUGCAUGAUUGUAGCCACAAAUUCUGUUACGAUCUAAAUGAAGGUACAGACAAAUGUGUAUCGCCUUGGCGGAAACCGACAAUUCACAGGGAACGCGAGUUAGAGCGCAUAGCGACCCUGGCAAUGAACCAGUUCGUUACUCAGUCAUCGUGCACAAUGAGGCUAAAGACUAAUAGGAAUUUGAAGACGAACUUGCAUUUCUUUGCGAAUGAGACUGAAUGCACUGGCUUGGAGGCGUUCACUCUAUCUCAUGAUUCGUGUGCCGUACUGCAUCUAAACCGUAAGAUCAAAGGCUAUUGUAUAUGGUACCAUAAUGUUUGCCCAAAGGUUCCAACUGAUGUUACAGUAUGCAAAAGAGACAAAGGUGAAGUGAUACCUACAGACUCUCCAAGACUAGAUAGACCAACAUCCGAUGAACCUCUGAAGAAAUCAUCACUUAGCAUCGAGAUUAUCAUCAUCGUAGCAGUAUUCGCUAAUCUUAUCAUUCUGAUAGUAGUCGUGUUUAUUGUGGGUUUCUUAUUGAAACGAUCCAGAAUGACUAAUCGUCGUGAUAAUUUGACUGGGAACAAUUCAAGUAAAUCAAAUCGACCCCUCCCAAGAGUUCCCCACGGCGACCAUUCUAAAAAUGCUAUCCACAGAAUUUCGAAAGUUGACAGCGCUGAAUUUGAUAAAUGGAAAGACGAGAGUCACUACAUGUACUUAAGCCAUGAGUCAGUGGACACUCCAAGAUACCAUAGUGUAACUGAAAAUGAUGUACGUAAAGCGGUGGAGUCGAACUGGGAUUAUUCUUACCCAGACAUGGAAAAAGUUAAACGAUUUUCAUCAAAUUCGGAGACAACGCCUGAUAAAUCCAGUUAUAUGGUACUUAUGAAGGACGGAAAAGCUAAAGCAAAUGAAAUACAUGAACAUUCUGAGAAAAUAACGAACGAGGUUAUCGAUAAUCCAUCACCAUGCCAUGCUAAAUCGGAACAGGUUACUGAGACGCAUGCUCAUUCUGAUGUCGAUUGCACAGAGCAACAUGACGGGAUUCAGUGUAUUGAGCCUAAAUCAUCUGCAUUUACGGACAACGACGACGACUACAGUGAGUUGAAAGUGGAUUAUUAUGUCCUUGAGGAAAAUGAUUCUAAAAUUGAAAGUGAAACAGGAGGCCUAUUUAAUGAGAAUGAGUGUACUGUAAAUAGUAAUGAUGGUCACCGACCAAAUGAAGAGAUUGUCACAGACCCAGAAGAAGCCACCAAUCAUGACUACUUUCAACUUGAGAGUGACGACAUAGAAGAGGUAUCGAGAAGAAGUCCAGAAGAAGUAGACGAUCAGGACAGUAUACACGACGAACAAUUGUGCACGGAAGGCGAAAUUGUCAGAUCUGAACUUUGUCAUUCACUACCGAAUUCAAACUUAUAAAAAAUGACGUACAAAUACAUGAAGGGAUGGAGGAAGUAUCAGUUGCCAUGUGUAUCUGACUCUCUUUUUGCAUAUAGGAGGUUUAUGAACACUUAUA